AAGACCGCCCCAACGGGAGAUCACGAUCCCUCCACCCUGCAAAGAAACACAGACUACAACCUGACACACAGGCCGACGGUGACCUCUCCACCCAGGAGCAAUGACUGCCUUAACCAUCUGGCGAAAAACUCACCUGAAAAAAGGUACAUCAUCCCAUCUUGCCAACCC